AUGAAGGUUGCAUUCAAAUGCGGCACGGCUGAGAGCCUAGAGAUGUGUGGGAGAGGGCUUUUUGGCAAGAUAAACCGAGUGCGUAUUCAAGAAACAGAGGAAGUUUACGCUUGCAUGGAAAUAGACUAUAGCAUUAUAUCCACAGAAGAGCGCAUAAGACUAAAACGGGAAAUAGAAAUCCUUCCCCACUUGGUGCACAAGCACGUAGUGCGCUAUUUAGAAUCAGUAUACGACCAUGAAGCUAAAAUGAGCUAUCUGCUUAUGGAGCACUUCACACUAGGAGAUCUCGCCGAUGUCAUUAGGUUCUACCGAAAGGAGCACACACAGAUCGAGGAAGAUCGAAUAUGGAGAAUCUUCGCUCAACUUCUCAUCGCCAUGGAGUACUGCCACAGUGUAAGAAAGCCAAACGCAAUUCAUGUGGGCUCCAUAGUCCAUCGAAACAUUAUCCCGAGCAAUAUAUUUGUCGGGGAGGGAGAUCUAAUCAAGUUAGGAUACUUCAGCCUACACCAAGUCUUAGGUAGUAAUUCUCUCAUUCGUGACGCAGAAUCCCCGUUCUAUACCGCACCAGAGAUUCUGCAGCAGCUACCAUACACUGAGAAGGCAGACGUGUGGUCUCUCGGCUGUGUCGUUUACGAAUUGUGUACUCUACGACGUCCGUUUAUUGAGCUAGAAGGAGAGAGCCUCGUAGAUGUGAUCAUGCAUAACAGUUAUGAACCUAUCAUGAACGAAUAUUCCCAAGAACUUCGCGAUACUGUAAGCCUUAUGCUCAGCGUUGAUCCUAAUGCCCGUCCAUCAGCUGCGGAUCUUUUAGGCCUGCCCAAAUUUGGAGCCAUAGGGGUUCACAAGACUAUUUUGGAUGCACAGAGUAGGGAUAUAGAUAUCUUGAUUACUGACAUCAAAAGCAAAGACCUCUCUUUAAAGAAGGCAGCUACGGACAUAUCUGAGCUCCACAAUCAGGUGGAGACUUUAAAGAAGGAGGCUAUUGAUGCAAAAGGCAUCAAUUCUACUAUGGAGUUGCAACUCCAGUCAACCACGGAAGCACUUCAGCGCGUUGAGGAAGAAAAUAGGAAGCUUGUUAAGUCAUAUGAAGAGGAGGUUAGGGCAAGUAAUGAACGGCAAUUAAAAAUCAAGGAGCAAACGGAGCAGAUAGAUUCUCUAGCCAGUACCCUGGAAAGUCUCAACGGUAUUCUUGUUGCCCACGAAGAAGAAAUUAAGGUACUAAAUAAGAACCUGGAUGACAAAGCACGGGACAUCAGCACUUUGGAACGAAAAAUUAGCUCCUUAUUGGUAGACAAAGAUGCGCAGCAGGCAGCAAUAACUAAUUUUGAAUGUCUUCUGAGCUCUAAGGAUGCAGAGCUUGGAGAGCUCAGAGAUGAAUCGGAAGCAUUGAGGUGCCAGGUGUCUUCUCUGAAAGAAGAGAAAGUAAAAAUGUGUCUGGAAAUAGAGGAGCUUUCUGCCCAGGUAGCUCGUGUGUCAGAACAGGAAACUCAGAUAGAAGCUCUCUCUGAUAAGGUGGCGUCUCUCAAAGAGAGCGUUGCUUCUGGUGAGCGCAAGGUAUGUGAGGCUAGACACUGCAAUGAUACAUUAACCUUAGACUUGAACCAGACACGCCAACAGCUGGUAGCAGUGGAGUCAGAAAAGACUAGAAUCAGUGAAAAGUAUACUACUUUAACUGCACAGUACGAGGCUACAUUGGACGAAAAUGCCUGCUUGGCUGCUAAGCUAAAAUCAUAUGAGUCUCUUAUGGCAGACCAGAAAGCACGGCUGAGAGAAUGGGGCGCUCUUAUACCAGAACUCAAUGAAAAGAUAUAUCUGAUGACCUUACAAUUAAGGGACAAAGCCCAGGAGUGCGAGGGAAAAGCACUAGAAAUCUCAAAGCUGACAGAGACAGUAGAUGCUCUCACUACGGAACUAGGUCACACAUCGUCAGAGCUGCACAGCUUUAUGACAGCCAAUCAGGUGAUAAUGCAAGAGAAAGAUAAAUGUACUGCAGCACUGGAAGAGGCAGAGCGACAACUGGAAUUGGAAAAGAGCAAAUCUACUUGGCGUAGUCAUAACAAUGCUCAAUCUAAGCAUCUCCUAAACAAGUACAAAGAGUAUAUUCAAAUACCCAAGCUAGUGAUCAAAUGCAAUCCAGGAGACACACCUCUUAUGUUAGCUGUCACAAAGAAUCAGUCACUGAAAGGGCUAUUAGCAUAUGCAGGAGUCCAGGAUCAGUAUGGGCGCACAGCACUAAUGCGCGCAGCAUACCACAACAAUGUCCCGGCAGUAAGGCUUCUUGUUGCUACAGAGGGAGGGCUGCAAGAUACUGAUGGAAACACAGCCCUCAUGUUCGCAGUCGAAAGGGAAAACCAUGCGUGUGUGAGCAUUUUAGCAGGUGUAGAGGCAAACCGUUUGACGAGCACAGGCUUGUCUGCGCUAAUGCGAGCGGCUUGCAAUGGCAGCCCCCAGAUAGUUGAGCUUUUAUGUAGUCUUGAAGGAGGGCUCGCAACACCGGAGGGUCUCACGGCACUAAUGCUUGCUGCAUUAGCAGAGGACGCUAAGUCUGUCUCUAUAUUGCUAAAGCGGGAGUGUGGUAUGCUACUUCUAGAUGGUACCUCAGCGUUGCUAAUGGCCACUAGUACGGGAAACAUGAAUGUGAUCCGGCAACUGUUUUAUUCUGAAGGACGCAUAAGGGAUGCCAGUGGGCGGACGCCUCUGAUGGUUGCAGCGGAAAUGGGCCAUUUAGAAGCAGCCCGCUUCUUGGCUCCUACGCAGACAGGAGCCGUAACCACCGAUGGCGAGACAGCUCUUAUGAUAGCAUCUUUCCAUGGCCAUGCAGAGGUGGCCCGGAUUUUGUACUAUAGAGAAGCUGGUAUCACGCGUCCAGAUGGAUGGACUGCAAUGAUGUAUGCAGCAUCAUUUGGGCACUGCUCUAUAAUAGAAACAUUGCUGCGUAGAGAAGGAAAAUUAUGUACGGACUGUGGACAAACUGCGCUAAUGAAUGCUGUUGCAAAUAAUCAAUUUGAGGCUGUUAGAUUGCUAGUUUCAGCAGAAGGAACUAUUAAAGACGCUUCUGGAAAGACGGCGUUGGAUCAAGCCAUCGAACUAAAUAAUGCUGAUAUGAUCGCAUUUCUCACUACAAGUUUGGCGUAG